CAAAAUCCCGGAAGUGUCAGUCUGAAAACAGACCCCGUCGCCGUUAGCUAGCUGAGUGUUUCAAAAUCUAUUUGCUAGAUCGUCGCAUUUUAAACAGCUUAUACAAACGAAAUACUCCUAAUUAUCUUUUAGAAAAUGGGAACCAGAGACGAUGAAUACGAUUAUCUGUUUAAAGGUAACAUUACAACAUGAUUCUCGCUAUCGCUAACAAAGCUAGCUAAGGUUUGCUAGCCAGCUGUUUAGCUAGUGUCAAUCCUUUUAAUUUGUGUCUGUGAAGUAUGAUAUAGCAGGCGUGUGAAUAGCUCUGGAUUGACACAGUAUUUGUUUUAUAAACGAAAAAUACAUAUUGAUAAAUUAUAAACACAAAUUGUAAAGCAGUUGGAUUGCCAACGUUAGCUAGCCAAACGCCCAACGUUAGUACGUUCGCUAGUUAGCUAGCUAGCUAGCUAACGUUAGCUGCAGCUGUUUCUAAACAAAGCUGACUUUUGUAUGAUUAAGUGAGGUCGGGGUGUUUCCCGAGAUAGCUAGAUGGCUAGUUUAGCUAGCCAGCUGCUUAGCUUGGCUACAUGCAUCGAACAUUGGUUAUUAUCUAGCUACAUUCAUCCGUAGAUAAAUAAUGUGAAGUUAUUAUCAUCCUUUCCUGGUUUUUUUUUUCUGUGCUGUUUAGUCUAAAUUUCACAGAUGUCAUGUGUUGUGGCUAUCUGUUUUGUUGUUGUCUAUUUCAAACUGAUUGAACAUAAAAAGCAUAGACUAAGAAUUAGCUACACACCACUGUUGAUUUUUGACUGUGUCACUGCAAAAGUGAAUGGUGGUGGUCAGAUAUUUUAUGUGAUGGAAUCUUGUCUAUGUAGCUACACGUGAUGUAACUAUGUCAUAUCCCCAUGUAAUUGCUACACGUUGACCUUUUGGCAGGGCCUGAUUAAUGCAGGGGCUUACAGGGGCUGAAGCCCUGGGGGCCAAACCCGUAGGCAGAGAAAAAUGGAAGUGUGUGUGUAAUCCGGCCCUGACCUUUGGGGUCAAUAAAAUAUUUUAUUGAAUUGAAUCUAAUCCAUCAGUGAUUCCUUUCGUGUUCCAGUGGUUCUGAUAGGAGACUCGGGUGUGGGCAAGAGCAACCUGCUCUCUCGUUUCACCCGGAAUGAGUUUAACCUGGAGAGUAAGAGCACCAUCGGAGUGGAGUUUGCCACCCGCAGUAUCCAGGUGGAUGGGAAAACUGUGAAGGCUCAGAUCUGGGACACGGCAGGACAGGAGCGCUACCGGGCUAUCACCUCAGCGUAAGUAUGCUGUAGGGUAAAGUUGCCCCCAGAUGCUGAUCUGGGGUCAGUUUAGCAUUUCCCCCACUAAUGGUUAUGACUGGGGAGGGGGAAGCUGAUCCUAGAUAUGUACCAGGGUUUUUGCGCUGGACAAGUGACCGGGAAGAUUUCAAUUUAUCGAACCUUUGAGAAAUCUACCAGUCAUCCAUAUGUAAUAUAUUCCAUUUAGCAGACGCCACUUACAGUCAUAUAAUAUGUAAUAUAUUCCAUUUAGCAGACACCACUUAGUCAUGUAAUAGAUUCCAUUUAGCAGACACCACUUAGUCAUGUCAUAUUCCAUUUAGCAGACACCACUUAGUCAUGUAAUAUUCCAUUUAGCAGACGCCACUUAGUCAUGUAAUAUAUUCCAUUUAGCAGACACCACUUAGUCAUGUAAUAUAUUCCAUUUAGCAGACACCACUUAGUCAUGUAAUAUUCCAUUUAACAGACACCACUUAGUCAUGUAAUAUAUUCCAUUUAGCAGACACCACUUAGUCAUCUAAUAUAUUCCAUUUAGCAGACACCACUUAGUCAUGUAAUAUAUUCAAUUUAGCAGACACCACUUGGUCAUGCACGCAUUCAUUUUACGUAUGGGUGGUCCUGGGAAUCGAACCCACGACCCUGGCAUUGCAAGCACCUGACCUACAAAGGGCCAUAUGGAUUGGGUGCGUAACCCAUUAGGCUUUCCACCAACGCAGCCAGCGCCAUCAAUAAACGAGGGAUAUUGGCCAAAUGAGCCAAUGUCCUUAAAAACAGCCUAUAACUAAUUACAAAAACACAAUUCCUUGUGUUUUGAUCUGUAGCAUAUGCAAAACUUUAUAGCCUAUUGUUUUAUUGGUUUUUACUUUCCUAAAACAAUAAUUGUCCACCUCACUGUUCAGUUGUCUGAGAUUUGAGCACUAAAUGCAUCAGGGCAUUGCAUUAGGGCAUUGCCACCACAAUCUGAUGCUGGCACUAAGACCGCACUCAACGAGCUGUAUAGAGCCAUAUGCACAUAGGGUGGCAGGUAGCUUAGUGGUUAAGAGCGUUGUGCCAGUAACCGAAAGGUCGCUGGUUCUAAUCCCCGAGCCAACUAGGUGAAAAAUCUGUCGAUGUGCCCUUGAGCAAGGCACUUAACCCUAAUUGCUCCUGUAAGUCGCUCUGGAUAAGUGACUAAAAUGACUAAAAUGUAAAUGCUAACAAGAAAAUGCUCAUCCAGAGGCGGCGCUCUUAGUGGCCGGUGAUGUAAAUGCAGGAAAACUGAAAUCCAUUUGACCUAAUUUCUGCCAUCACAUGUCACCUGUGCCACUAGAGGGUAAAACCUCUACAUUGCCUUCAGAAAGUAUUCACACCCCUUUACUUUUGCCACAUUUUGUUGUGUUACAGCCUGAAUUUAAAAUGGAUUAAAUUGAGAUGAUGUGUCACUGGCCUACACACAAUACCCCAAUAAUGUGGAAUAAUUUUUAUGGCAAGCCUAAGUUCAGGAGUAAAAAUUUGCUUAACAAGUCACAUAAGUUGCAUGGACUCAGUCUGUACAAUAAUAGAGUUGAACGUGAUUUUUGAAUCACUACCUCAUCUCAAUACCCCACAUAUACAAUUAUCUGUAAGGUGGUUCAGCCAAAGACUCAGUACUAACAUUACAUUUACAUUAGCAUCAUCUAGCAGACGCGGUUAUCCAGAGCGACUUACAAAUUGGUGCAUUCAACUUAUGAUAGCAAGUGGGACAACCACUUUUUUUCUUCUUUUUUUUAAUGGGGGGGGUGGGGGAGGGGGGGGGUAGAAUGAUUGCUUUAUACUAUUCCAGGUAUUCCUUAAAGAGGUGGGGUUUCAAGUGUCUCCGGAAGGUGGUCAGUGACUCCGCUGUUCUGGCGUCGUGGGGGAGCUUGUUCCACCAUUGGGGUGCCAGAGCAGCAAAUAGCUUUGACUGGGCUGAGAGGGAACUGUGCUUCUGUAGAGGUAGGGGAGCUAGCAGGCCAGAGGUGGAUGAACGUAGUGCCCUCGUUUGGGUGUAGGGUCUGAUCAGAGCCUGAAGGUAAGGAGGUGCCGUUCCCCUCACAGCUCCGUAGGCAAGCACCAUGGUCUUGUAGUAGAUGCGAGCCUCAACUGGAAGCCAGUGGAGUGUGCGGAGGAGCGGGGUGACAUGAGAGAACUUGGGAAGGUCGAACACCAGACGGGCUGUGGCGUUCUGGAUAAGUUGUAGGGGUUUAAUGGCACAGGCAGGGAGCCCAGCCAACAGCGAGUUGCAGUAAUCCAGACGGGAGAUGACAAGUGCCUGGAUUAGGACCUGUGCCACUUUCUGUGUGGAUAGGGGUUCAGCCAAAGACUCAGUACUAACAUGUCCUAGUGGAUAGGGGUUCAGCCAAAGACUCAGUACUAACAGUCCUAGUGGAUAGGAGGCCAGCCAAGAUCAGUAACUAACAUGUCCUAGUGGAUAGGAGGCCAGCCAAAGACUCAGUACUAACAUGUCCUAGUGGAUAGGAGGCCAGCCAAAGACUCAGUACUAAGAUGUCCUAGUGGAUAGGAGGCCAGCCAAAGACUCAGUACUAACAUGUCCUAGUGGAUAGGGGUUCAGCCAGACUUGCAUGUCGUGAUGGGUUCAUUGCUUGGUUGCCUGGGAGUGCUCUAGGGUCUAGACCUGGGUACUGUAAAGCUCUGAGGGUCUAGACCUGGGAUGUAAAGCUCUGAGGGUCUAGACCUGGUACUUAAAGCUGUGAGGGUCUAGACCUGGGUACUGUAAAGCUCUCGAGGGUCUAGACCUGGGUACUGUAAAGCUCUGAGGGUCUAGACCUGGGUACUGUAAAGCUCUGAGGGUCUAGACCUGGGUACUGUAAAGCCUCUGAGGGUCUAGACCUGGGUACUGUAAGCUCUGAGGGUCUAGACCUGGGUACUGUAAAGCUCUGAGGGUCUAGACCUGGGUACUGUAAAGCUCUGAGGGUCUAGACCUGGGUACUGUAAAGCUCUUUGAGGGUCUAGACCUGGGUACUGUAAAGCUCUGAGGGUCUAGACCUGGGUACUGUAAAGCUCUGAGGGUCUAGACCUGGGUACUGUAAAGCUCUGAGGGUCUAGACCUGGGUACUGUAAAGCUCUCUGAGGGUCUAGACCUGGGUACUGUAAAGCUCUGAGGGUCUAGACCUGGGUACUGUAAAGCUCUCUGAGGGUCUAGACCUGGGUACUGUAAAGCUCUGAGGGUCUAGACCUGGGUACUGUAAAGCUCUGAGGGUCUAGACCUGGGUACUGUAAAGCUCUGAGGGUCUAGACCUGGGUACUGUAAAGCUCUCUGAGGGUCUAGACCUGGGUACUGUAAAGCUCUGAGGGUCUAGACCUGGGUACUAUAAAGCUCUGAGAGUCUAGACCUGGGGACUGUAAAGCUCUCUGAGGGUCUAGACCUGGGUACUGUAAAGCUCUGAGGGUCUAGACCUGGGUACUGUAAAGCUCUGAGGGUCUAGACCUGGGUACUGUAAAGCUCUUUGAGGGUCUAGACCUGGGUACUGUAAAGCUCUGAGGGUCUAGACCUGGGUACUGUAAAGCUCUCUGAGGGUCUAGACCUGGGUACUGUAAGCUCUGAGGGUCUAGACCUGGGUACCUGUAAAGCUCUGAGGGUCUAGACCUGGGUACUGUAAAGCUCUGAGGUCUAGACCUGGGUACUGUAAAGCUCUGAGGGUCUAGACCUGGGUACUGUAAAUCUCUGAGGGUCUAGACCUGGGUACUGUAAAGCUCUUGGAGGGUCUAGACCUGGGUACUGUAAAGUCUCUGAGGGUCUAGACCUGGGUACUGGUAAAGCUCUGAGGGUCUAGACCUGGGUACUGUAAAGCUUCUGAGGGUCUAACCUGGGUACUGUAAAGCUCUGAGGUCUAGACCUGGGUACUGUAAGCUCUGAGGGUCUAGACCUGGGUACUGUAAAGCUCUGAGGGUCUAGACCUGGGUACUGUAACGCUCUGAGGGUCUAGACCUGGGGUACUGUAAAGCUCUCUGAGGGUCUAGACCUGGGUACUGUAAAGCUCUGAGGGUCUAACCUGGGUACUGUAAAGCUCUGAGGGGUCUAGACCUGGGGUACUGUAAAGCUCUGAGGGUCUAGACCUGGUACUGUAAAAGCCUCUGAGGGGUACUAGACCUGGGUACUGUAAAGCCUCUUGAGGGUCUAGUACCUGGUGUACUGUAAAGCUCUGAGGGUCCUAGACCUGGGUACUGUAAAGCUCUGAGGGUCUAUGAACCUGGGGUACUGUAAAGCUCUGAUGGGUCUAGACUGGGUACUGUAAAAGCUCUGAUGGGGUCUAAGACCUGGGUACUGUAAAGCGCUGAGGGUCUAGACCUGGGUUACUGUAAAGCUCUUGAGGGUCUAGAAAACCUGGUACUGUAAAAGCUCUGAGAGUCUAGACCUGGGUAUACUGUAAAGCCUUAGUUCUAGACCUGGGUACUGUAACGCUCUGAGGUCUAGACCAUGGGUACUGUAAGCUCUGAGGGUCUAGACCUGGGUACUGUAACUCUGAGUGUCUAGACCUGGGUACUGUAAAGCUCUGAGGGUCUAGACCCUGGGUACUGUAAGCUCUGAGAUUCUAGACCUGGGGCCUGUAAACUCUCGGAGGGCUCAGACCUGGGUACUGUAACGCUCUGAGGGUCUAGACCUGGUACUGUAAAGCUCUGAGGGUCGAGACCGGGUACGUAAAGCCUUUGAGGGUCUAGACCUGGUACUAUGGAACUUAAAGCUCUGAGGGUCUAGACCUGGGUACUGUAAAGCUCUGAGGGUCUAGACCUGGGUACUGUAAAGCUCUGAGGGUCUAGACCUGGGUACUGUAAAGCUCUGAGGGUCUAGACCUGGGUACUGUAAAGCUCUGAGGGUCUAGACCUGGGUACUGUAAAGCUCUGAGGGUCUAGACCUGGGUACUGUAAAGCUCUGAGGGUCUAGACCUGGGUACUGUAAAGCUCUGAGGGUCUAGACCUGGGGUACUGUAAAGCUCUCUGAGGGUCUAGACCUGGGUACUGUAAAGCUCUGAGGGUCUAGACCUGGGGUACUGUAAAGCUCUGAGGGUCUAGACCUGGGUACUGUAAAGCUCUGAUGGGUCUAGACCUGGGUACUGUAAAGCUCUGAGGGUCUAGACCUGGGUACUGUAAAGCUCUGAGGGUCUAGACCUGGGUACUGUAAAGCUCUGAGGGUCUAGACCUGGGUACUGUAAAGCUCUGAGGGUCUAGACCUGGGUACUGUUAAAGCUCUGAGGGUCUAGACCUGGGUACUGUAAAGCUCUUGAGGGUCUGAGGGUCUAGACCUGGGUACUGUAAAGCUCUGAGGGUCUAGACCUGGGUACUGUAAAGCUCUGAGGGUCUAGACCUGGGUACUAUAAAGCUCUGAGGGUCUAGACCUGGGACUGUAAAGCUUCUGAGGGUCUAGACCUGGGUACUGUAAAGCUCUGAGGGUCUAGACCUGGGUACUGUAAAGCUCUGAGGGUCUAGACCUGGGUACUGUAAAGCUCUCUGAGGGUCUAGACCUGGGUACUGUAAAGCUCUGAGGGUCUAGACCUGGGUACUGUAAAGCUCUGAGGGUCUAGACCUGGGUACUGUAAAGCUCUGAGGUCUAGACCUGGGUACUGUAAAGCUCUUGAGGGUCUAGACCUGGGUACUGUAAAGCUCUUUGAGGGGUCUAGACCUGGGUACUGUAAAGCUCUUGAGGGUCUAGACCUGGGUAUGUAAAGCUCUUUGGGUUAACGGUACUGUAAGCUCUGAGGGUCUAGACCUGGGUACUGUAAAGCUCUGAGGGUCUAGACCUGGGUACUGUAAAGCUCUGAGGGUCUAGACCUGGGUACUGUAAAGCUCUGAGGUCUAGACCUGGGACUGUAAAGCUCUGAGGGUCUAGACCUGGGUACUGUAAAGCUCUGAGGGUCUAGACCUGGGUACUGUAAAGCUCUGAGGGUCUAGACCUGGGUACUGUAAAGCUCUGAGGGUCUAGACCUGGGUACUGUAAAGCUCUCUGAGGGUCUAGACCUGGGUACUGUAAAGCUCUGAGGGUCUAGACCUGGGUACUGUAAAGCUCUGAGGGUCUAGACCUGGGUACUGUAAAGCUCUGAGGGUCUAGACCUGGGUACCUAAAGCUCUGAGGGUCUAGACCUGGGUACUGUAAAGCUCUCUGAGGGUCUAGACCUGGGUACUGUAAAGCUCUGAGGGUCUAGACCUGGGUACUGUAAAGCUCUGAGGGUCUAGACGGUAUUAAAGCUCGAGGUCAGACCUGGUACUUAAAGCUCUGAGGGUCUAGACCUGGGUACUGUAAAGCUCUGAGGGUCUAGACCUGGGUACUGUAAAGCUCUUUGAGGGUCUAGACCUGGGUACUGUAAAGCUCUUUGAGGGUCUAGACCUGGGUACUGUAAAGCCCUUUGAGGGUCUAGACCUGGGUACUGUAAAGCUCUGAGGGUCUAGACCUGGGUACUGUAAAGCUCUGAGGGUCUAGACCUGGGUACUGUAAAGCUCUGAGGGUCUAGACCUGGGUACUAUAAAGCUCUGAGAGUCUAGACCUGGGGACUGUAAAGCUCUGAGGGUCUAGACCUGGGUACUGUAAAGCUCUGAGGGUCUAGACCUGGGUACUGUAAAGCUCUCUGAGGGUCUAGACCUGGGUACUGUAAAGCUCUGAGGGUCUAGACCUGGGUACUGUAAAGCUCUGAGGGUCUAGACCUGGGUACUGUAAAGCUCUGAGGGUCUAGACCUGGGUACUGUAAAGCUCUGAGGGUCUAGACCUGGGUACUGUAAAGCUCUCUGAGGGUCUAGACCUGGGUACGCUAAAGCUCUGAGGGUAUAGACCUGGGUACUGUAAAGCUCUCUGAGGGUCUAGACCUGGGUACUGUAAAGCUCUGAGGGUCUAGACCUGGGUACUGUAAAGCUCUGAGGGUCUAGAUCUGGGUACGCUAAAGCUCUGAGGGUCUAGACCUGGGUACUGUAAAGCUCUCUGAGGGUCUAGACCUGGGUACUGUAAAGCUCUGAGGGUCUAGACCUGGGUACUGUAAAGCUCUGAGGGUCUAGACCUGGGUACUGUAAAGCUCUGAGGGUCUAGACCUGGGUACUGUAAAGCUCUGAGGGUCUAGACCUGGGUACUGUAAAGCUCUCUGAGGGUCUAGACCUGGGUACUGUAAAGCUCUGAGGGUCUAGACCUGGGUACUGUAAAGCUCUUUGUGCACUGUUGUUAAAGGGCUAUAUAGGUACGCUGACUUUUAUGGAUCAAAUUGACCAUGCCUCUUUGUCCCCUGUUGAUGAUGUCAUGGUGCAGGUACUACCGAGGAGCGGUGGGGGCCCUGCUGGUCUAUGACAUCGCCAAGCACCUGACCUAUGAAAAUGUGGAGCGGUGGUUGAAGGAGCUGAGAGACCAUGCAGACACCAACAUCGUCAUCAUGCUAGUGGGCAACAAGAGUGACCUGCGCCACCUCAGGGCAGUGCCCACCGACGAGGCACGAGCAUUUGCAGGUUAGAGAUGCUGCGCCAUUCUGAAGGAGUGUCAGGCACAGAAGAAGCUGUAUACAUUUCUGUUUUAUACUUUCCUUAAUUUAUGAUGCUGCUGACUCACAAAAAUGUAUGUUUAAUAGCACUUUUUAUGCUUGCAUUCAUUCCUGUGGAAUGUUCCAUAACUGGUACAGUCUCUAAUAUUCCGUAACUGGUACAGCCUGGUACAGUCUGUAAUGUUCCAUAACUGGUACAGCCUGGUACAGUCUCUAAUAUUCCGUAACUGGUACAGCCUGGUACAGUCUGUAAUGUUCCAUAACUGGUACAGCCUGGUACAGUCUCUAAUAUUCCGUAACUGGUACAGCCUGGUACAGUCUGUAAUGUUCCAUAACUGGUACAGUCUCUAAGUUAUUUUCUUACGUUGUUUUUUUUCCCCUCAGAGAAAAACGGUUUGUCUUUCCUUGAGACGUCAGCCCUGGAUUCCACCAAUGUUGAAACUGCUUUCCAGACCAUUCUGACAGGUGUGUGUGUGUGAAUGUCAUUUUUUUAAUGUCACAUCUGUUGAUUUGAUCUGCUAUCUUGGCAAGACAGACUGGAUAUGACCUAAUCUUCUCUCUCCCUCCUUCCCUCUCUCUCUCUCUCUCUCUCCCUCCCUCUCUUCUCUUUCUUCCUCCCUCUCCCUCCCCUCCCCUCUCUUCCUCUCUCCCUCUCCUCCCCUCUCUUCCCCCCUCUCUUCCUCCCUCUCUCCUCCAUCAGAAAUCUAUCGUAUUGUCUCUCAGAAGCAGAUGUCAGAACGUCAGGAGAGCGACAUGUCUCCUAGCAACAAUGUGGUCAACAUCCAGGUGCAGCCCACUGAGAACAAACCAAAGAUGCAGUGCUGUCAGAACAUCUAGCCCUGCCCACGUUACCACCGUACCACUACACCUCUACCCCCUCAUAUACCCU